AUGGCUUCAAUGUGUCUUGAAGCCGAAAGAGCAUCACUGGAAAUCAAAGUCAAUAAAAAAGCCCCCUUUUUGUUUAGAUCUACCGAUGAUGGUAUUCAAUUAUAUUAUCUACCUCUAGAUGCACGUGGGAAUAGCAUGUGUGGGGAAAAUGAUAAAGACCAUUCUACAAUACAGGUGGUCGCGGACCUUGAGCAGCUUUAUUCUUUGAAAAAGGCCUCAGUACAUCAAUCUCAAGUUUUCAUUAUCCGACACGAGAAUACCUGGGGAAGGCUCAAGAUCUGUCGCAAUGUCUUCGAAGAAUUUGCAAGGCAAUACAAAAUAUUUCCGCGUUUCUGGCAACACAUGCUUUCCUUUGGCUGGAGACACAACGAGAACGAAUUUGGCUUCGCAGGGUUUCAAUUCCGCGAUUUUGCCGUAGGAAGAACAGGAUCCAAUAAUGCCUGCGAAUUUUCGUAUAUUCUCCGACGCGUGGAACCCAAUGGACGAGAUCUCACUGAUGGCCAAUCGCCCUGGUCGAUUCGACAGACUGCAAUAUAUCAUAAAAUUGCCCCUGGUGACAUUCCAGACUUAGCUAUUACCUCUCGAGAGAUCCGACCAAUAUCUACAUUUCUGCUAGUGGCACCAUCUUUAUUUGCUGAGAGGCAUAUUCUUCGCGGCGUUGAGAGAGCACGAGAGGCUGAAGAACCCAUUUCGCCUUGCUUGAGGGACUGGAAAGAUUACAUGGCGUGGGUGGAGAACAAAUUGAAGGAACAGCUCUCGAUGAAAGACAGAUCAGUGGCUCAGCAGGUGGAUGGAAACAUCACCUUUCUCGAUCGCCAACACAUCCACGAGCUCGAAGAGUACACCAUCGAUAUGAAGAUGAUCCUCGUAAACAUGUUGAACAAUAUAGUUCAGGUCCGCGACCAGUGUCAAAAGGACUGCUUAGAUAAUUCCACUGAGCGAGUGCAGACUUGUGUGUACUUCCUGGAAGAGUUUAACAGCUAUGUUCGAGAAGCAGAUAUGUACGUCCAACGUGCCGAGUUCUUGUCAGAAAAAGUGCGAUCGACUGCACAAAUGUUGUCAACCCUCCUGGACUACGAAGAAGCAAAGGCCCUGAAAGAUUUAGGCAUCGCAUCGCAACGGGAUGGCAAGUUUCUGUCAGCUCUUACGCUCAAAAGUGCUCUAGAUGCAUCAGCUGUCAAGGUUCUCACUGUCAUCAGCUUGGUCUAUCUUCCAACGACUGUUGUCGCCAACUUCUUUUCAACGACGUUCGUCAAAACUGAUAAUGAUGGAAAGACGCACGUAUCGACAGAAGCCUGGAUUCUCGCAGCUAUUUCGAUACCCCUGACCUUUCUAACGGUCGUCCUUUGGUGGUUGUUCGUUCAUCUGAGUACUAUAACUGUGGAAUUGCCAGACAAUGAGGCCCAACCGCCAAGAACACUCGGUAAAGUGAAGCUUCUUAGCUGGUUGCUGCCAUGGAAGCCAUCGCGAAAGUCCUCAGAUCUGGAAACGGGAAUCGUGCCGGGUGGUUCCUUGCCUGAUGUGUUGACGGAGGGAGUAUGCACUUCCAAUACAAAAAUGCUGAAGCACUGA